CAUCAUUUGCUUCGUAGCUUCAAGGCCCCUCAGUCGUUGCGCCACGCGUAGUGUUGUGAAGUAAAUAAAAAAAACUUAAACGAAAUUAAUAACAAAAAUAACGCACGUCUACCAGAUAAGUGUAAUUCUAUGUUUGAUUGUGAUAAAACACAUUGUGCAAACACACACGCGAAUGCUAUUGAUAACAAUUCGUUUGAAUUUUAAUUUGUACACGACAUUUAACGUGCAUCGACGUAUUUGAUAUUCAAAAGAAACUACACAAAAUCUACGACAGGAAGUGCUAAAUAUCAAGGUGAUAUAAUUAAAAGUGGACAGGCGAUUCGCGGUGAAUUAUGUGACGGCAUUUGAUUAAAAAAUACUAAAGAAGAAUUAGACAGAAGUGACGACCCCGUGACAAAGAACCCUGAACAAUGGAUCUGAUAACUUCAAAAGCAGUGGCCAUGCUGGCUCUGGGGCUGGGUAGCUUCAUAGCUGGCAUGCUGCCAGUCUCCUUCUCCGACAGAGCGAGACAGAAGCACCCUCUCCUUCUCUCCAGCCUGCUCUGCUUCGGAGCCGGGGUCCUUCUAUCAACAUCCCUAACUCAACAGAAGCUCCCACAAUACUCAGAACUGUGUUUGUGUAUUGGAUUCUUUCUGGUGUAUCUAGUCGACGAGAUAGUGCACUUCUUCUACGGUGCUAAGGGCGGUGGGCACGGGCAUUCAGAAGCAGACUAUGGAACAACGGAAAGAGACGGGUUACUGUCUGCGCAGCGCGCGUACGGUUCUCACCUGCCGUCGUCUUCCCACGAUGAUGGGGAGAUGCACAUGAAGGAGAAGUGUUGUGGGGACGCGGGGAGCCCCCGCAUGUGUCACGUGAGCCACACGCCGCCCUGUAACAAGAGCUCGUCGGGCAUCAUAGGGCUUCUGGGAGCGUUGUUUGUCCACAGCAUCUUGGAGGGACUCGCUAUUGGCCUGCAGGAAUCCGCUUCGCAGGUGCUCCUCCUCCUAGCAGCAGUAUCAGCGCACAAGUACGUGGUAGGGUUCUGCCUGGGCGCGGAACUCUGCUCCUCGCUGGCGGGGCGGCGCGGCGCGCACCUGGCGUGUGUGCUGGUGUUCUCCUCGGGCUCCGUCGUCGGCAUCGCCGUGGGGGCCGGCCUGGACGCGCUCAGCUUCAGCCAGGGGUCGGUGGCUGUGCCGGUUAUGCAGGCACUAGCAGCAGGCACUCUCCUCUACGUGACAGUGUCAGAGGUGUUACCUCGUGAGCGAGCGAGAUGGCACGACGGGCGGCGCGGCGCGGGAGCGGUGCAGCUGCUAGCCGUCAUUGUUGGCUUCGUGCUCAUGUACCUGACUACUGCUUACCUUGACCAUGACGGUUGAUUCCUGGGAAUGUUCGUCCAAAUCAUCAUUCCGUGGUAAUCUGACACUACUAGUAGAUUAAGGUACAGUUAGUACGACUGAAAGUUCCCUUGUAUUGAGAUGUAAAAGUUUAUAGUGGUAUUGAAAUUGAUUUUCAUUUGACUUAUUCGGGCUGACCGAUGUUGAUGGAAUAUGGAACUUUUAAUUUGUGCUGUUGUACACACACACGUAUAAUGAGUGCAAAUAAAGAAGAAAAAUAGGGCGCGAUGGCAUGCGUCCGUUUGCCAUCUUCAUAUUUUUUCUUUAUUUCCGUGACUCAUUGAUGGGUUGUGAAGACGAAAUUAUAUUAACUAAGAAUAUGACAAUGUAACAUAAUUACAUUAUGUAUUUUAACUAGGCAAAGUAUACUAAGUACGUAUAAGGUUAGAACAUUUAUCAAUUAAACUUUUGAAUAAAACUAUGUGUUUUA